UCAAAAUUAAGGAGCUGAGGAGUGCAUACUGCAAAGCCCGUGAGGGAAACCGACGCUCAGGAGCUGCCCCCACAACCUGCAGGUUUUACAAGGAGCUGGAUGCCAUACUUGGGUGUGACCCCACCGUGAAUCCUAGGAGCACGAUGGAGAGUUCAGAGCAGGGAGAAGUGGGGGAUGGUGUAGAGGAUGAAUACAGUGAUGCUACUGGCGUGGAGGGAGACACCCCGGAGUCUCAGGACACAGGCAGCCAGGAGCUCUUCUCCAGCCCUGAGGAGACUAGCCAGUCGCAGCAGCUGGAAGCGGACGUUGAUGAGGAAGCUGAGGAUCGUGCUCGUGGGAACUCGAGUAAUGCAGCUGUAUCACCGGCCUCACGUAGAUUACAGAACUUGAGGCGCAAUCCUAGGAAAUCAAAAGAGGAAUUGAUCAAGACCGUUCUGAACCACUACAACAGGGAAAGUAGGAAGACUGAGGAAUGGAGAAAUACUGUACAUGAAUGGAGGCAGAGAGAAAGCAGGAGACAGGAAUUGUCUGCCAAAAAAAUAGCCAGGCAGAUGAUGAGACUCCUGUCUCGCCAAACCAAGUCUUUUGAGUCUCUUGUAGCCAUGCAGACAAAUAUAUACCGUGAUAGCCCACAGCCUUCCCAAAGCACUGUUCCUUGUCCCCCUGUGUAUCCUCAAAACAGCUUUCUGCAGCAGCCAGUUCCUUAUUAUCACCAGCUGCCCCCAACACCUAUAAGAUCACCUACUAACCAAGAUAUCUAUAAUUCUUACCCAGUGCACUCCACCCCCAUCAUUCUGCAGCAAAGUAAUGGUGAGUUGCAUCAGACAGUGACAAUUGAGUAAAAUAGGACAUAGUAAAACUUCUGAAUGUACUGUGAGCCACCCAUACCCCCUUGCAUGUUUUUUACUGUAUGACAAAUAAAAGGUUUUGGUUUGUAUUUCU